UAAUUUAAGUUAAUGAAAUGAGUUUGAAUGGUUCACAUUCUCUAUUUGGAAACAGAUUUGUGGCCGACCUUCCAUGAAAGCUUUAUUUAGAGUGAGUUGAAGAAUUUUUGAGAUAGCAGGCUUUGGUUUGUGACAUCUUGGGAGCUAAAGCUAAGUGGCUUCCCUAGAAUCUCUAUGACCCAUUAAACCAUUUUAUGAAUGAAUUGAGUUAGUGAAAGAUAAAUAAAAUUUCUCUCUUGGAUUUCUUAACCAGCUUAGAAGAAUCUUGACUUUAAUAGUUUGUCAAACUGAAUUUUGCCUGAGACAAUGUUCUUUCCACUUGGGGGACUGACCCUGUUACACCCCUGGGUUCUGUUCUGUUCACUCACAUGCCAUUGAGAUAAGGAGAGUGAAGUGUGAGCCAAGCUGAGAUGAAGGCUGGCAAGGUCGUUGCUGCCAGAGCACAAAAGACACAGAGCUCAAGGGCGUUGUGGUCCAUGCAAAGACUCUGGCCAGUGAAGUUUAAAAAUAUAAAUAUUUUGACAGGAUAAAAAUGAGGGUCCCUGUAUUUGAGGAUGUAGAAGAUGAAACCGAAGAGGAAAAGCCAGAGGAAGAAGAAAAUGAAGAAGACAAGGUAUUCCGUAAGCCUGUUAUUGAAGACCUCAGCAUGGAAUUGGCCAGAAAAUGCACUGAACUUAUUAGUGAUAUCCACUAUAAAGAAGAAUAUAAAAAGUCUAAGGACAAGUGUACAUUUGUGACUGACACUCCUAUGCUAAACCAUGUAAAAAAUAUUGGCGCUUUUAUUUCUGAGGCAAAAUACAAAGGCAGCGUUAAGGCUGGGCUCUCCAACUCUCUUUAUAAGCAGAUGCCAGCCACCAUUGACAGCGUCUUUGCCAGAGAGGUUUCACAGCUUCAGAGUGAGGUUGCCUACAAGCAGAAACACGAUGCCACUAAAGGCUUCUCAGAUUACUCCCACAUGCAGGAGCCCCCGGAGGUCAAACACGCCAUGGAGGUCAACAAACGCCAGAGUAAUAUUUCUUAUAGAAAAGAUGUAGAAGACAGCCACACGUACACAGCGGAGCUUGACAGACCAGAUAUCAAGAAGGCAACUCAGGUCUCCAAGAUCAUAAGCAAUGCAGAAUACAAAAAAGGGCAAGGGAAAAUGAAUAAAGAGCCUGCUAUAAUUGGAAGACCAGAUAUUGAACAUGCUGUGGAAGCUUCUAAACUUUCCAGUCAAGUGAAAUAUAAAGAAAAAUUUGAUAAUGAAAUGAAGGAUAAGAAGCAUCAUUAUAAUCCACUCGAAAGUGCUUCUUUUAGGCAAAAUCAGCUGGCUACCUCUCUGGCAAGUAAUGUGAAGUACAAGAAAGACAUUCAAACUAUGCAUGAUCCGGUUUCAGAUGUCCCAAAUUUGUUAUUUUUAGACCAUGCUUUGAAAGCCAGCAAAAUGCUCAGUGGACGAGAAUAUAGGAAGCACUUUGAGGAGAACAAAGGGAUGUACCAUUUUGACGCAGAUGCCACAGAACACCUGCACCACAAGGGCAACGCUGCGCUCCAGAGUCAGGUCAAAUACAGAGAAGAAUAUGAGAGAAAUAAGGGAAAGUCGAUGCUUGAAUUUGUUGAGACGCCAUCAUAUCAAGCUUCAAAGGAAGCUCAAAGGAUGCAAAGUGAGAAAGUUUACAAAGAGGACUUUGAGAAGGAGAUUAAAGGAAGGUCCUCCCUGGAUUUAGACAAGACUCCUGAGUUUCUACAUGUAAAGUACAUCACCAGCCUGCUGAGGGAGAAAGAAUAUAAAAAGGAUUUAGAAAAUGAAAUAAAAGGAAAAGGAAUGGAAGUUAAUUCAGAGGUUCUUGAUAUUCAAAGGGCAAAGCGAGCAUCUGAAAUGGCCAGUGAGAAAGAAUACAAGAAGGACCUGGAGUUAGAAAUUAAAGGGAAGGGAAUGCAAGUUGGCACUGACACCCUUGAAAUACAGCAUGCCCGAAAGGCUGCUGAGCUAGCCAGUGAGAAAGAGUAUAAAAGAGAUCUGGAGACUGAAAUUAAAGGGAAGGGAAUGCAGGUCAGUGCAGACACUCUGGAUGUUCAGCGAGCUAAGAGAGCAUCCGAGAUGGCUAGCCAGAAACAGUAUACAAAAGACUUAGAAAAUGAAAUUAAGGGGAAAGGAAUGCAAGUGAAUGCAGAUAUCCCGGAUUUGCUUCGAGCCAAGAGAGCAUCUGAAAUCUAUAGCCAGAAAAAGUAUAAAGAUGAAGCAGAGAAAAUGCUUUCUAAGUAUUCCACUGUGGCUGAUACUCCUGAAAUUCAGAGAAUCAAGACAAGUCAACAAAACAUUAGUGCGGUAUUUUAUAAGAAAGAAGUAGGAGCUGGCACAGCAGUAAAAGAUACUCCAGAGAUUGAACGCGUGAAGAAAAAUCAGCAGAAUAUUAGCUCAGUGAAAUACAAAGAAGAGAUUAAACAUGCAACAGCCAUUUCUGAUCCUCCAGAGCUGAAGAGAGUAAAAGAAAACCAGAAGAACAUCAGCAAUCUCCAGUAUAAAGAGCAAAACUAUAAGGCCACUCCAGUAAGUGUGACCCCAGAGAUAGAGAGAGUGAGGAGAAACCAGGAGCAGUUGAGUGCGGUCAAAUACAAAGGAGAAAUUAAACAGGCAACUUCCAUUUCUGAUCCCCCAGAGCUGAAGAGAGUGAAAGAAAACCAGAAGAAUAUCAGCAAUGUUUAUUAUAAAGGUCAGCUGGGAAGAGCUACAGCUUUAAGUCUAACUCCAGAAAUGGAAAGAGUAAAGAAGAAUCAAGAAAAUAUUAGCUCGGUAAAAUAUACCCAGGACCAUAAGCAGAUGAAAGGUAGACCAAGUCUGAUUUUAGAUACACCUGGUUUGAGACAUGCUAAAGAAGCACAGAAUCAUGUGUCAAUGGUAAAAUAUCAUGAGGAUUUUGAGAAGACGAAGGGAAGGGGCUUUACUCCUGUCGUGGAUGAUCCUGUGACAGAGCGGGUGAGGAAGAACACCCAGGUAGUCAGUGAUGCCGCGUACAAAGGUGUCCAGCCUCAUGUAGUGGAGAUGGAUAGGAGACCUGGAAUCAUUGUUGAUCUCAAAGUGUGGCGCACAGAUCCAGGCUCCAUCUUUGACAUUGAUCCCCUGGAAGACAAUAUUCAGUCUAGAAGUCUGCAUAUGCUCUCCGAAAAGGCAAAUCACUAUAGGAGACACCGGUCUCGAUCUCAUUCCAGCAGCACUUUUGGUACAGGGCUGGGAGAUGACAAGUCAGAAAUCUCGGAGAUUUACCCUAGCUUUUCAUGCUGCAGUGAGGUAACCAGACCGUCUGAUGAAGGAGCACCUGUUCUUCCUGGAGCUUACCAGCAGAGCCAUUCUCAAGGCUAUGGCUAUAUGCACCAGACCAGUAUGUCAUCCAUGAGGUCAAUGCAGCAUUCACCAAAUCUAAGGACCUACCGAGCCAUGUACGACUACAGUGCCCAGGAUGAAGAUGAGGUCUCUUUCCGAGAUGGUGACUACAUUGUCAAUGUGCAGCCCAUCGACGAUGGCUGGAUGUACGGCACAGUGCAGAGAACAGGGAGAACGGGCAUGCUCCCAGCAAAUUACAUUGAGUUUGUGAAUUAAUUCUUUCUCCUUGCCCUUUGAGCUUUAUUCUAAUGUAUUCUACAUCCUAUCUUUUUAAAAGCUAGAAGAUACUUUUAAGACAACUUGGCAGUUAUUUUACAGUAAUGUAUCCCUCCUUUGACAAUUAGACACACAGGUACCAGGAAGAGGGAAUGACUUCUAGGCUGAAAACAGCAGCAUUUUCAGUAAUUCCUGUAAACAAAAUCUUUGGGUCUGGAGACCUGGUGCUGCUAAUUGUGUUUGUGGUUUCCUUUGGUUGGCUAUUGAACCCUUCUGGGAAAUGUAUUUUUGUAGACUUUAAUAGAAGUGUUGAUUAUCCCUUAAAUGUAACAAGUGUAUGACACUUCUUAGCUGUCACUAUGAAUCACUAGAGGCCAAUUCUCUUAACUCAGAACACAGCCAAUAAUUUAAAAACUAUUGAGCUUUUGAGUCAUUAGGCAGUUUCCAACUCAGGUGAAAAUUGUCUGAUAUAACACAUGUAAACAGUGGCAGGAUGAGUCUGGUUAAAAUUAUUUUGACUGCUGCCUUAGGGACAGAUUAGGAAAUUUCCUUGUUCCCUAGGCCAAACUGGGGUCUACUUAUUUCUCAUUUGUAUCUAGGUGUCUCUUACUCUUCACUUACAUUCUAUGGACCCAAGUAUAUGCCAGGUUCCACAGAACGUCAGGACCAAAUAACUUCACAGCUACUCUGCAAAGGGCAAAGUUUAAUGACAUCUGUAUCAUUUUCCCUAGUAGCUUUUACCCUGUUGCAUGUCACGUGGGUUCGAGCUUCUGAACAUAGGCAGCUGCUUUGCCCUUUCCUGUUAUGAUGCCAACAGCGUGGCUGAUACCUACAAACCCUUUCCUCUAGUUACCAGCUCAUCAGAAAAACCUAUUUUGAAAAGUUGCUUGAGAUUUUCCUGCUGUAUUGCACUCUAGUUUUGAAGGAUUUACACCUUAGGAAAUACACAUAUACUCUAGUAAAUAAGUGAUUUAGGUAUUUACUGAACAGCUUUCAUUAACUUAAUGCUGCUGUUGAUUAAAAAGUGAAGACAAUUUAACAGGACCCAGUGAAGAAAAGGGAGACAGAGUGUACUAGGCAAUACCUCAGCAGACAAAUGUUGGCUCUUCAUAAAGAUGAUCUGGUGUCUUACUUUGGAAAAUGCUGUUCAGAUCCUGGAAUGGAAUUUAGCCACUCAGACUAGUUAAUGAAAAGAUUUCAAAACUUUUCACUCCCUAGUUUUUACUUUUGAAAUCAUCUUUAGGGGGUGAGGUAAAAAUGUCAUCAGACAUUAUUCAGUUCAGACUGCUCAAGAAAAAGGAAGUUGGCAUCAUGUUUUGAGUGACUUUGGUUUCACAGCCACACACCAGCCCUUGCUGGUGCCUUGUGAAAUUUUACCCCCAGUCUGCAGAUAAGGUUUCCCAGAUAUGUCCACUGGCAACUUCUGUUUUUGUAAUUGUGCCCUUGUGUGACUUGCAACAGGGUAGCAUUCAUGUAGGAUCUGACUCUACAGUGAUAAAAGCAGUUACAAAAAUGUAACAAAACCUGUGGCCUUUGGGGAUAUUUACCUUAUAUGAUAUCUUCAAGAAAAUUAACAAAAUAUCCUGUAAAACAUCUUUGAUUGAAAUGGUUACUAGUCCAAAAGUCAAAGGUGGGUUCAUUUACAUCUUUGAAAAGUUAGCAUGUACUUUCAAAAGACUGUAGGCUAACCCAACAAAAUAAGCUUGAUCCCACUAAGCACAUCUAUAUGACACAGACACAGAACUGAAAAGAGAAAAAUUCAGGCAAAUAACUAGAGUGUUUUUGGAAAGAGUUUCACAGAUCACUGAAUAACCAGCUGAACUGGUUUUCUAUCAUUUAAAUGACC